ACCGAAGAUAGUUAACACAAAGAACAUUAAUGAUCACAACUUUAAGAGAUAAUCUUGCAGACCACACAGGCAAUUUUAGACCUGAAGUAGAUGUGUUGACUGAAGAACAAAAAAUAAAUGGACAUUUCCUCUCACACCAACCGCACCUUUACGACCAAUUCCCAGUCAAACAACUCAAAUUUCAACCCAUUAACAAAAAAAUGGACAACUAAUCAUAGACUAACUUUUGAUUUUUCCUAAUUAACAGCAGCCCUUCGCUUAGUUCAACUAUUGAUUCAAGAAAGGCAUCUCUGUUGAAUCUUCUCUGGAGAAAAUGGCUGCUCUAUAGUGGAUUUGCAGAUAAGAUGUUAGCAAGAUGGUUUUGGGUAGCUACUAUUGUACUUUUUGUAAUCUGCACAAACAUAUCCGAAGCCCAAAACACUACUCACUGUUCUUCCUCUUGCGGUAAUAUUCAUAACAUCAACUUCCCUUUUCGAUUGAAAACUGAUCCUGGGAAUUGUGGAGAUUCAAGAUUUGAGCUCGAGUGCCUGAACAAUCGUACUGUCAUAAGUUUCGAUUCAAGAAAAUACAACGUGCUCGAAAUCAACUAUGAUGAAUUCUUGAUCAGGGCUAUUGACCCUGGUUUGGAGCAUCAGAACAGGAACUGUACUUCUUUUCCCAAUUAUUUCACCGCAGCUUAUCCUUACACCCCAACUUUUGACUCUGGUGUUGAGAUAAUUCCCAUUAUCUAUGUCAAUUGUUUAGCCACUGUAAAUUCUUCGCGCUAUGUGGAGACUACUUUUUGUGGAUCACAGAACAAGACUUCUAUCUCCAACUCUUCUCAGAGUCGUAGCUAUGUUGCUGUUGGACAGGACAUGUCAAUUUCAGAUUUGGCUGAGGGUUGCAGCGUGGAAAAAGUGGGCUGGGCCACAGCUCGUGGUGUUUCGAGGGACAAUACUUCUCUGACGAGCAUUGAGGCUGCCCUGAGUUAUGGAUUUGAGCUUUCCUGGAAGCGUACCUUCUUGUGUAGAGAAUGUGAAGCGAGUGAACUCUCCUGUAUAUCUGAAGGCGAUGGCAUUAUUUGCAGCCGGCGCUGCUACGAUGACAGACCCCUUAACCUCCCUUGUAGCAUCAACUUUGAUGGCGUUAUUACUAUAAUGUACAGUGGAAUAGUUAUAGUUUCUAUUCUGUCACUCCGCAUUCUCUUUGGAUUGGUUUUCCUGACUGCAUUGAUAGCAUAUAAAUGGAGAAAACGACACUUAUCUAAGUAUCAAUCAAUUGAAGAUUUCCUGCAAAUCCAGACCAACCUCUUUCCAAUUAAAUACUCCUAUUCUGAGAUUAGGAAGAUGACUAAUAAAUUCAAGGAAAAACUAGGGGAAGGAGCCUAUGGAACUGUCUUUAAAGGAAAGCUGCGCAGUGGUCCUUCUGUUGCAGUGAAGAUGAUGCACAAGUCUUUGACCAGUGGGCAAGAAUUUAUUGGUGAAGUUUCCACUAUUGGAAGGAUUCACCAUGUUAAUGUUGUGCAGCUCGUUGGAUUCUGUGUUGAGGGCUCAAAACGUGCUCUGGUAUAUGAGUUUAUGCUCAAUGGUUCUUUAGACAAGUACUUAUUUCAGCAAGAAGGAACUGUUUUCUUGAGUUACAAACAAAUGUUCGGCAUAUCUCUUGGAGUGGCCCGUGGCAUAGACUACCUACAUCGGGGCUGUGACAUGCAGAUCUUACAUUUUGAUAUUAAGCCUCACAACAUUCUUCUUGAUGAAAAUUUCAAUCCCAAAAUAUCCGACUUUGGGCUUGCAAAAUUGUACUCAUCAGAUGAUAGUAUUGUGAGUCUAACUGCAGCAAGAGGGACAAUGGGUUACAUGGCUCCAGAGUUGUUUUAUAAAAAUAUUGGAGGAGUGUCAUACAAAGCCGAUGUAUAUAGUUAUGGCAUGCUGUUGAUGGAAAUGGCUGGCAGAAGGAAGAACAUGAACCCAUUCGAGGACCAGUUAAGCCAAAUUUACUUUCCUACUUGGGUUUACAACCAAUUUAUUGAAGGAAAUGAUAUAGAGAUGCAGGAUGCAAGCGAGGAAGAUAGGAGGAUGGUAAAGAAGAUGUUGUUUGUGGCUUUGUGGUGCAUACAGAUGAAGCCUGCUGAUCGUCCUGCCAUGAACAAAGUUGCUGAAAUGCUCGAAGGUGAUAUUGAACUCCUACAGAUUCCCCCAAGACCUUUUAUAGCUCCUCGUGAGAUAGCCGGGGAUCAUGUGAUAGAGACAAUAACAACAUCCAGUGACGUUUAGGUAGGAUACCCACUAUGCUGUGCAAACCAUGGUCUUAGUGAUUAUAUUGCUUACUCGUGUAAAUCUUGGUGGUUCUCCAUUAAGAGGGGGAUCCAGAAUUUGAAGUUUAUGGUUCCUACAUCGACCUCAAAUUAGUAUACAUGUUUUUAAUUUGCCUGAUGUCUGUAAAACAAUGAAAACUGAAUCUAAAAACAGUGACAAAGGUGUUGGUUACACAGGAA